AUGUCCCGCGCGGCGAGCGAGAAUGUGGAGUACACGCUGCGCAGCCUGAGCAGCCUGAUGGGCGAGCGGCGCCGGCGGCAGCCCGAGCCCGGCGCCGCGAGCCCGGCCGGCGAGCGCAGCCUCCUGGCGGCCGCCGAGUCGAGCGCCAGCCUGCAGAGCGCGGGCACCGGCAGCACGGGCACCGGCAGCACGGGCGCGGCGGAGCUGGAGCGCGCGGCGCGGCGCCAGUUCCAGCAGGGCGAGACCCCCGCCUUCGUGUACGUGGUGGCCGCCUUCUCGGCGCUCGGCGGCUUCCUGUUCGGCUACGACACGGGCGUGGUGUCCGGGGCCAUGCUGCUGCUCAAGCGGCGGCUGCGCCUGGACGCGCUGUGGCAGGAGCUGCUGGUGUCCAGCACGGUCGGGGCGGCCGCCGUCGCGGCGCUGGCCGGCGGGGCGCUCAACGGCGCCUGCGGACGCCGCGCCGCCAUCCUGCUGGCCAGCGCGCUCUUCGCCGCGGGCUCGGCCGUGCUGGCCGCCGCCGCCAACAAGGAGACGCUGCUGGCCGGCCGCCUGGUCGUGGGCUUCGGCAUCGGUAUUGCGUCAAUGACCGUUCCCGUGUACAUUGCUGAGGUCUCGCCGCCACACCUGCGGGGCCGCUUGGUCACCAUCAACACGCUCUUCAUCACUGGGGGCCAGUUCUUCGCAAGCGUCGUCGAUGGAGCCUUCAGUUACCUCCAGAAGGACGGAUGGAGGUACAUGUUGGGGCUUGCAGCAAUUCCGGCAGUUUUACAGUUUUUUGGCUUUCUCUUUUUGCCUGAAAGUCCUCGUUGGCUUAUUCAGAAAGGACAGACUCAGAAGGCACGAAGAAUCUUAUCUCAGAUGCGUGGGAACCAGACCAUCGACGAGGAGUAUGAUAGCAUCAGAAACAACAUUGAAGAGGAGGAGAAAGAGAUGGGCUCAGCUGGACCUGUGAUCUGCAGGAUGCUGAGCUACCCACCGACACGCCGGGCUCUGAUCGUGGGCUGUGGCCUGCAGAUGUUCCAGCAGCUGUCGGGCAUUAACACCAUCAUGUACUACAGCGCCACCAUCCUGCAGAUGUCUGGUGUGGAAGAUGACCGGCUCGCCAUAUGGCUGGCCUCGGUGACAGCCUUUACCAACUUCAUUUUCACCCUCGUGGGAGUCUGGCUUGUUGAGAAAGUGGGUCGCAGAAAACUUACCUUUGGUAGUUUAGCAGGCACCACCAUAGCACUUGUUAUUCUUGCCUUGGGGUUUCUGCUGUCAGCUCAGGUCUCCCCGCGCAUCACUUUCAAACCGGUGGUUCCGUCUGGCCAGAACACGACUUGCACAAGAUACAGUUACUGCGAUGAAUGCAUGCUGGAUCCAAACUGUGGUUUCUGCUACAAGCUGAACAAAUCCACUGUUGUCGACUCUUCCUGCCUUCCUGUCGAUGCGGCGUCUACCAGCGAGGCAGCCUGGGGCAGGUGUGAAAAUGAAACUAAAUUCAAAACGGAAGAAGUGUUCUGGGCCUAUAACUUCUGCCCCACCCCCUACUCGUGGACCGCGCUCCUGGGCCUCGUCUUGUACCUUGUUUUCUUUGCCCCUGGCAUGGGGCCCAUGCCCUGGACAGUGAACUCUGAGGUGUACCCGCUCUGGGCAAGAAGCACGGGCAACGCGUGCUCGGCGGGCGUGAACUGGAUCUUCAACGUUCUGGUGUCCCUGACGUUCCUGCACGUGGCGGAGUACCUCACCUACCACGGAGCCUUCUUCCUGUAUGCUGGCUUCGCUGCGCUGGGCCUGCUCUUCGUCUACGGCUGUCUUCCUGAAACCAAGGGCAAGAAGCUGGAGGAGAUAGAGUCCCUCUUUGACAGCAGGCUGUGUACGUGCGGCGCGUCGGACUCGGAUGAGGGCAGGUACAUCGAGUACAUCCGGGUGAAGGGCAGCAACUACCACCUUUCUGACAACGACGCUUCGGACGUGGAGUAACUUGAGCUGCGCCUGCCCUUGGUGAUGAAAACGCACUGGGGGAACUUGCAGCCCUGCUUCUAAUCGGGUUCUUGCCGGUCUAGUGUUGAGUGGCUCCAGGCUCUAGAAAUCGUGGUUUUAGGAGGAAGAUACAAUCAUGACAUCUCCCCACAAAAAUAUGUAUAAAAAAGGAAGAACAGUGCAGAUUUUAACCUAACAACUGUUACUCAAGUACACACGCUUCCUCCCCUUAGUUUGGCAUGAAUGCUCUGUGCAGUGGUUGCAGGGUUUACACCAUUGCUUCCCACGGCCGGAUGUAAUUGCUCGUGACAGUGGAAUCAAUGCUAACUCAGCCCUAUCAUACACUUGUAUUAGUGAGGAAUUCUCAGAGAUGCUCCAAACACAGCCCACCGGUCCUCGUCCUCCCGAGGAGGGCCUCUCUGUGAGCAGCU